CAUAAUUGAAAGGAAAAACCAAAAACCAGUAGACACUAGGCCCUCCAUGGAAUGAGUUUGACACCCCUGGUCUAGGGGACCUCCCAAGGCGUUGGUUCUAGCUGUAGCCCUGCCUUCCAAGGCAUUGUUGUAGCCGUUAGGUGGGAGAUAUUAAGAUUCAGUUGAGACUCGCUCAUAAUAGUCUAAGAGAUUACAUUGUCUGUCAUAACAGUGUUUUUUUUUUACUUCAUACCAAAUAAUACAAUAUUUUGUUAAAAAAGAGUAAUGAUAAUUGUGGUCUCCAUUCCUCCAGAUGGUCAAAUUAGAGAUUUCUCCAUUUUACUUUGAGAUUGAUAUGUCAUGACCAAAUUAGCUAGAUGUUGAGCCACUGAAACCUUAUCACAGUUAUUUGUCUGUCUGUCUGUGAUUAUAGGAUUGUUGGGUGACAAAUUGCCAUCCCCCUCAUAUUCUGUGAAACAAUUGUAGAGUUCCUUUUUACAUGUGCCAUAACUCCUCAGUGAACAAACUAACACAGAAUUAAAAAUAACUAAAUAUAGGAUAUCCAUGCUUUCUACUUACCAACAAGUUACAAAAAAUGGAAGCCUACAAUCAGGGAAUUCUAAAUCAUUUUUAAAAAAUCACUGCCUGCAAAAUGGGAAUAAGACAUAUCCGGAUUAGACCUAGGCUAGGCCUACUCUGCUUCAUGUGUGCUCUAUAAACAAGCUAUUUUGCUCCCAGUGUGAUGGCCCGCGUAAAUUGAACCUUGAUAGGAUUUGUGCCCCAAAUCUUAUUUUCAAAUGGUUUAUAAAUCAAGAUUAUUAUGUUUUAAGUGCGCUUGCGUGAAGUUCACAGCGCCUGCUUUUGUCAUUAGCUACGACUAUUGUAUUUUCUAUCCCUCAGAAAACCGAUUAAAACCAGGGUUGAGAUGACGUGAAGAAUGUUGCGACAUAGGAAUGCGGUCGGACAAGAUGCUUAGCGGAACAAGACCUUGUACACAGGGAGGGAAAACCCUAGUUGAUAGACCUGAAAACAUUGUUCUAUGACACAGUUUUACUGCUCAAAGAGAUUGAGGAAAUCAGUCGGAGGGUAUGAGACAACCGAUAACGGCUGAGUGGGCUCUGGCCUAGGCUACAGGGAUGCGCCAAGGACACUGCCUAUCCAAACGGACAAUUACAGACCUCUGUGGGAAAUUGAUUCUGAAUGGUUUAUGUUCUACAUCGCAUGAAAUGGAACGAAUGUUUUUGAUUUGAAUCAAUAUAGUUUACCACAUUUUGAGCUAGGCUAUUUGAAUGCGUGUUAGCCUAAUUAUUUUGUGUUGCGUGCCAAUAUGGAAUUAAGACAGCUAGAAAUGUCUUUGUUGGAGUUGAAUAUACACAUGAGCCAGCGGCGUAGUGUAAAACAUACGCCUACUGAACCGGGAGAGAAUGAUUCUCAUUUACCGGGAAUGAACACCACACUUAUCCCGUGUCAAAACGGUAGUGGUAUUCAUAGGAUGAAAUACUACGAUAUAACAUGGACAGUGUCAAAACUCCGUGCAGUGGCGGAAUGUCUGAGACAACUUCGGCUGCUCUUUGAGGACUGUUGCGAGCUGGGUGGUCCUAACCAGCUGAAGGUGUCCAUGGGGCUCCAGGGCCUACAGCAGUCUCUCCAGCCCCUGGCGGAACGCUACCCAUCCAUGGGUCGACCUCCAGUCAGCCACGCCCUGACCAUGCUGCGUCUCUCCCUCACAGAUGUGAAGGUCCCCAACAAAUCAGAGACCAAGCGCUACAGCGAGAUCUUCCGGGACUUCGAUAAUUUUGAACUCUCUUUGGUCAACUCCACUGUAGAGGAGAUGUUUCUAGACCCUGACUCCCAGUCCAUCGCUGAGACCGUCUCUACGGAAACCACAGACAACACUGAGCUGGAUCAUGUGACGUGUGAGGAUGGCUACCCCCAAGAUGGUGAUGACAAAGAUGGAGGUCUAUCAGCCCAGGAAGCGGACCUGGCCCUGUGUCGCUGUGAGGGAGGCGUGGAGCUGGCCCUGCAGUAUGCCAAGAUGUGGUGCCGCUAUGCCAAGGAUCUGCUGGCCUGGAUGGAAAAGAGAAUCAGCCUAGAGCAAGAGUUUGCCAAGAACAUCAUAAAGGCAGCAGAAACAGCUAAGUCCUGUGUGGCCCAGCAGGACAUGAUGCCUCUGCAGUACAUCUACACCAUGGCCCUGGAGCACGAGGUGAAGACCAGCCAGUCUUCUAAACAGACAUCAGAACUGCUGCAGCAACGCUGCUACCAGGCCCUGGCAGCCAAGAAGAAUGAGAUUGAUAAGUGGCGCAAGGAGUUCAAGGAGGAGUGGUCCAAAGAACAGAAGAGGAUGAAUGAGGCGGUGGCGGCUCUGAAGAAGGCUCGUCAGCAGUACCUGCAGCGCAGCGAAGACCUGGAGAAGACCAAGGCUGUGACGGCCAAGACCGGGGAUGAGCUCACAGCGGGACACAAGACCCUGGACAAGAGGAGGAAGUCACGCGACGAUGCACUGUCAAAGUUGAUGGAGGCAGAGAUGCAGUACAGACAGUGUGUGGGUGAGGCCCAGGACCACCAGGACGAGCUGGAGAGAGUGAAGGAGAAAAUCAUAGUUCACACCCGCAAACUCAUCUGCCAGGGGGACUCUGUGCUCAAGGAGGCCACAGUGAACAUGUUCUACUUCCAGCGUCAGCAGACGGAGCCGGUUCCCCUGGGUUACCACAACCUGGAGGUGACCUGCAGGCCGUGUGAACCCGGGGAGCCCUACCUGCUCUACAUCUUCAGGAAGAGAAGCCAAGAACAGCCCCUACAAACCUUCACCUUCCAGGAGUUUGUCCCUCAGAACAAGAGUGGCCGUCGUAAGACCAUCAACCCCAUCAGCUCUCUACAGGACUCCUUCUCCCUGCCUGAAGAAAGUCUGGUUAAGCGUAAGGGCUACAGCGACACUGAGAGCAUAGGAGGCAGUCUGGAGUCUCUGUCCAGCCCAGCCCAUGGCAACAGGAGGCUUCCUAAAGCCCCCUCCACAGGGACCAUGUCAUCAGACGACUUGGAUGAGAGGGACAAUGGCACCGUCCUGGGAGGAGAUUGUGUCGACUCCACUCCAGAGGGGAACGGUGCGGUAGGGAAGGUACGGACUACGUCCCGAGCCGCGCUGACACACCGACUCAGGAAGAUGAAGAGCAAGAUGGUGAAGUGCAAACAGUGUGACAACUACAUUGUGGUCAACGGCAUCGAGUGUGAGGAGUGUGGCGUGGCGGUUCAUAGGAAGUGUCUGGAGGUGUUACAGCAUGAGUGUGAGAACAGGAAGGGCAUUCUGUUUGGGGUGGGUUUCUCCCUGUUGCCCCGGGACCGGCCUGACGAGGUGCCCUUCGUGGUCCAGCUCUGCACGGCUGAGAUAGAGAGCAGGGCCCUCUCUCUACAGGGGGUGUAUCGUAUCAGUGGGUCCAAGCCUCGUAUCCAGAAGCUGUGUCAGGUCUUCGAGACCCAGAGGGACCAGGUCGACCUCUCUGACCUUUCACCUCAUGACAUCACCUCAGUCCUCAAACACUUCUUCAAGGAGCUUCCAGAGCCGCUGUUGACCUUUGACCUGUACAAUGACUUCAUCGGUGUGGGCAAGGAGAUCCAGCGUCUCAGUGAGAGGGAGGCGACAGCAGAGACUCCUGGGAUAGUGGAGGACCUCACAUAUAACCUGAGAGACCUGCUGGAGAGACUGCCCCCGUACCGCUACUACACAGUGCAGCAUAUGAUGCGUCACCUCCACAGAGUAUCAGAGAACUACGAGGAGAACAAGAUGUCUCCCAGUAACCUGGGCAUCGUGUUUGGUCCGACCCUGCUGCGCCCGCUGGUGUCUGUAGACGUGUCCAUGGUGGCUCUACUGGAGACCACCUACCAGGCCCUACUGGUGGAGUUCCUCAUCACACACCACCAGCACAUCUUCGACGCUCCACCUCCCCCCGUCCCCACCGCCCCACUCCCUGACACCCCUCCCCGGGCAACGUGUUCAGGGGGGGGGCAGGAGACUGUUGCUGGGGCUGACCCUGGCUCUCAGGGCCCCCCCGCUGGAGGAGCCUCGUCCAGAGAACGCCCCCGCUCCCUAGAGACUCGCACAAUCAAGAGAGACUCGAGCGAGGGUUAUAUAUCUGACAAGUCGUCGUCCAAUGAGGCAGUGGACCAGCUCAGCCCUGAAGCCAAUGAGAGAGCAGUCGUGGCUGUGAGGGGGGCAUCAACAGAGGCUGCUGCUCUGGGUGAUCUGGUAGGGGGUCCAGAGCCAGGGGACUCUCCCUCCGUGGGGAUCCAGCUAUGGAGCCACUUCAGCAGGCAGCCUGUCAAGUACCAGCACCAGCCCACCCCGGGUCUCCGCCGCUCCGCAGGCACUACCAGGGCCGGGCAGCUCGGGGAAGAGGAAGAGGAGGAUGAAGAGGAUGAUGAAGAGGAGGAGGAGAGGAGGAGGAACCAGUCGAGGAACGCAGACAGCAUCCGUAGCCCCUCCCCUGACCCUGGCAGCCAGAGGAGGAGAAGCCGCCUUCGAUUGGAGCUACCCCCCGAGACCACCGGCCACCACCUGCUCAACCAGGCUGGAGGCCACGCCCCACUGAGCCAGACGGAAAGAGAGAAGACACGCCCAUAUGAGGUUCCACAGGGCAGGCUGCGGGCGGGGACAGUGGUAGUAGAACCAUCAACAGCUGCAACAACAGCAGUAGCGGCAGAAGCCAAUCCUACGCCGAACACCGGUGCUCAGGAGGCGGGGCUUAGGAGUCGGUCAGCCACAUUGUCUCAGCUGAACAUGAACCAGUCCAAUAACAGGCAGGGGUGGGUGGGUGAGAGGCAGAGACAGGGUGGAGAGGAGGGUCUGAGUGGCCCGGCCCGAAAGAUCCUGUCAGGGCUGAAGCUCAGACGCAGCCACUCAGGACUGCAGCAACACUUUGUCUGAGGAGGAGGAAGGUUGGAACUUUGAACCAUAGAAUUAGAAUCACAUUCGAGAACAGACAUUCCCCAUUCAAGUCAACGUUCCAUGGACUGGCAGGAUUCUAUUUCUACGGUUAAACCCAUAGAAUGGAUGAAUUGUACUGUGUAACUUCAAGUGUUUUUAACAAAUACAGUGAAAAAUUACAUACACUCAUGAUUGCUCCAGAAUACUCAUAAAUACAGAACAUACUAACAUAGCUCAUCACAGUGAUGCACAGACAUAAAUGAACCGCUCAUCAAAGGGCCUACUCACACAUUGUUCAUACUCACUGUCUAUAUACACAGACACACAGGGCCGAAUCUUGACUUGAAAUAAUUAAGCCCUAUACUGUAUGUAUAAUCUGCAUCAACAUGCACUGCAAUAUCAACAGCAGGACUUCCGUGACAAUUCCAGUCAUGCACACUGUGCGUGUCUUCAAUAAAAACCAAACUGAACGAAAGGGGGAGAAACUCUGGUAGCGCUUUAUAAUAUCUCCACGUAAUAAAGCAUUUGGAAUGGAUCAGUAAAAA